AUGUUGGCGAGCGUGUACCGUCGUCCCCCUCCCCUUUCGCUCCCUUUUCUUAUACCGCGAUGCGUAGGAUGCGCAAAACGUAGUUAUACACAACAGCGCACAGCACGAACAGCUCGUUCAACGACCCAACAAACUACAACCAACCCUUCUCCUUCUGUGCAAACUAAGAAUCGUAACCUUCCUCCCUCGGGUUCAAAUGUCCAAGAAAAGCCAAAGAAGGCUUCAGCAGCCCCUGAAGCGAAUGAAAAGGCAUUUUUGAAAAUACGGCAAGAACAAAGUGUUCGAGAAAUGGAGUCAAGUGGGUCUCAGUUGGAUUUGUUACGAAUGUCGUUGGCGAAGGGUAUUGAACCUUGGGGUGCGAAGACACCACUUAUGGAUUUGCGAAUACCUUCGCGCCCAACAAGUUUUCGUGCGAUCAAGGAAAACAUGAAGAACAACCUGUCGAAUAUGCUUAGGUCCGUAAAUCUCCCAUCCAUGAAUCCAAGCGCCUUUCAAUUUACUAGCAUGCAUCGCCUUGCAACCGACUUUGCCUUCCCCGGAAUAAUAACAAAAUGGCGAAUAAGCCCUCAGCUCUUUCGCGCGAAAUCUACCAGCGAGAAAGCAUGGGUCGCACCAUUCCGAGAAGAACUUUUUGAGCUCUACAGACGUGUCAACGAGGCAAUCGCGUCCGGCGACAAGAAAGCCAUAACUAAAGUCACUGCCUAUGAAUACCAAACCCACGCAUUCAAGCUCCUCCAGCGCAACCUUUCUCGUAUACCAUCAACAGGGUACACCAACACCUGGAAAUUUCGUCCACUUUCCCCGGUCCAAAUUCUCUCUCUCCGCGCUUUCCCUAUGUACACCGCAGCCGAAGAGCCGCGGUACGGCAACCGCAACGUCGUCCAAGCACUCGUACGUUUCGAGUCUAUGCAAAGUCUCACCCUUCGCGAUUCCCGUGAUCGGGUGCUUUUGCCGAAUGGCGUGGUUGCACCGGAAGGUUACGAACCGGAGCCGAGGAGAGUAUUGGAAUAUUUGAUUUGCGAGAAUAAGAUGUUUUAUAAGGAUGGAUGGUAUGUUAGGGAUCAGAUGUUUGAGGGAAUAAAGCCAAAGUUCAGGGAUGUUGGUCGUUAA